AAUGCCCUGAUCGAUGUGUCCACCGACUUGGCCCCUCACGAGGUGUUCAUUUCUAUUCCUUUUGCGGGCACUUAUGCUUCGCACCUGUUUAUAUGGUUGCUCGGACAGUGAGUCUUUUGGAACUAAGUGUCUUCUGUAUCUGGUUUUUAAGGUUAAGUCGGACUUGCUGUUCUUGAUGGAAUUGGCUCAAGGAAUCACCAGUUGUGAUGCAUUUAAUGUUGUAGAAACCUGUACGCAGUUGUCCCAUUUGGUUUAUUCUGUCAGCAACUUCAUUCCUAUCAAAAUAAAUUAUAGUUCAUGGCCUCUUGUGCUCAGCUUCUUAAAUAGCAUGGUAGAAAUUUUUUUCAAUAAAACUAAGACAAAGAUGGCUUUUAUUAGCAUUGCUGAUAUAGUUACAGCCGCAAAACAGUGUCUAGAGAUCAAAAAACGCCUUUUGGAUGUGAAUGAGAGAAUGACAUUCUUCUUGCUCCUCUAUUACGAUGAAUAUCACAAAAGCCAAUUCUCCUGCAUAUCACAAUGGCCAGUUCUCCUUAAGCU